AUGUUCAAGACCAGCUACCUGCGCGAGGUGCGCAAGGAAAAGUAUGAGCGCUCUGAUGUUUUUGAGGAGGAACCUGAGGACUCUGAAUCCUCUGCAGGUGUCUCAGCCAUCCAGGGCUGGGAGAACCUGCAGGAGCUCAACAGCCGCUUCGCCCGGUACAUCAACAGGGCCCGUGUCCUCGAACAGCGCAAUGCCGUGUUCCGCAAGCAGCUGGAGACCCUGCAGCGCAUGGAGGAGGCCAGUGGCCUGGAGGAGGCCUUCACAGAGCAGAUUGAAGUCAACAGGCAGCGCAUCAGAGAACUUUCCUCCGACCACGCCAAACUGGAGCGGGAACUAAAGGAUGCUUGCCGAAUGCUGGAUGAGUACACCAGCAAAUACAGAAAUGAAUGUGAGUAUCAAGAGCAGCUUCGGGGCACACUGGAGCAAUUAAACAAGGAGGCUGACAGUGCUCUGCUGAGAAACCUGGAAUACCAGAUCCAAUCACAAUUCCUGCAGGAUGACAUCAACUCCACCAAAGAUAGACACAAGAAGAACCUUGCAGAAAUCCAGACAUAUGUGAACAUUUUGCACCAGAUCAACCAGGCAACGCCUCUCGUUCCCAAUGUGUCAGUGGGCAUCUCCGAGGAGCAGGAGAAGCUGCUGGCUCAGAGGAGGGUGCCAGGGCUGCAGAGUCAGCUGGAGGAAUACAAGAGCGCCCUCUGCCAGCUGCAGGCACAGAGACAACGCCUACAGACUGAGACCACAAUGCUGGAACAAGCCAUCAAGAACACACAAGAAACUUAUGACGAUGAGAUCCAGAUGUACAACGAACAGAUCGAGUCUCUGCGGAAGGAGAUCGAGGAAGCUGAGAGGAGCCUGGAAAAAUACACCAAUGAGUGUCGCCACCUAGCCAUGUACCAGACCUCCCUGGAGAAUGAGCUGGAGAGGUACAAGAGGAUCAUUGAAAAUGAAGACAACAGGUUGAAUUCAGCAAUAAUUGGCACUCCCAUUACCCUGUUCACCACUAAUUACCGCUACACUCACACACCCACUGCACCAAGCAGGGGGAGAGACAUCACGCAGGCCAUCCAAGACAUCACCAGCAUCAAGCCUCGUCAGAAGAACCAGGCCAGGAAGGUCCUGAAGAAGAAAGAGCUGACUCCUAAAGAUGUGAUCGAUAGCGGUCAAGACGAGAGAAGUGGAGGAGCCUCUGUGGAGGUGGCAGAUGAGGAGAUGAAGGGGAUCACAACUGAGGAGGGUCAGGAGGAGGCAGUGUGGAGAACAGAGCAGAGGCCUGUGUUCACUGGAGUGUCUCCACAGGAUGUCCCUGAUGGAGCUCAAAUCAGCAAAGCCUUCGACACACUCUGCAACAUCGUCAGAGACCGAAUGAGGAAGUACAAGAAACCUGAGCCAAUCGCUGACUUCUAUACUAAAGGUCGUUACGUCCUUGUCACUGGUGACGGCAGCUAUCUGGACCCUUGCUUCUAUACCUCCACACCAUCUGCCGGCCACAUCUUUGUCACCAUCAGCGAUGGAAUGAUGUCCCCUUAUGAACCGUAUGGACGCACCACUCCCUCCCCUCCACCUCCUCAACCUGUGCCAAUUCCCAGCCCCCCCAGUCCCUCCCCAUCCUCUAAUGGCGAGGGAGGAAGGGAGAAGGAGAGAGAAAAGGACAACGGAGGAAAUGGCGGUAAGGGUAAGCAGAAGAAUGGAGACCCUAACUCAAGGUCCAAAGAUUCAAGCCCUGUUCCUCCAGCUCCUGGUCCAUGUCCUGGCCCUAGAGAGCCCACCCCAGACCCAUCUGCCAGGCAUCCCAAGAGAAACGGUGAUGACAACAGCCAUGGUGGACCCACUCCAAUGUCUUACCCCCGUGGAGACAGCAUCAGCUCCGGUUCCAGCUCUAGCAGCUUUCCCCCAGACUCCAUGAGCUAUGAGAAGGUGGAGUUGGUGGAAUCUGUGGAGAAGGUCUCCAGCGACCGCAAGGUUAAGGGCUAUGAGGAGACUGCCAUGGUGGUGGAGACCAUGAUUGAGAAGACCAGCAAGAAGAAACACUGA